AUGAAUAUCCCAAAAGAUCCAAAAACUCAACCAAAAAUUCUAAGUCCAAAAGAGCAAACUAUUAAAAGAUUAAAGGAUACACUCCAAAAUAUCCAAAAAGAAAUGGAAGACCCGCUGAAUUCUCGUGGUGGUGCAAAUCACAAACUUAUUAACGAUAUUCAAGAAUUAACGAACCAAAGAUUAGAAUCUGUUGAUUUAUGGCAACAAAACGAGCUAAUAGCUGCACAACGUGAUUUUGAUUCUCAAUGCAGACAAAUUUACAAUGAUGAAGUUUACCUAAACGAGAACGCUAAUGAGCGCAUGAUGCAUGUCCUCUUAUUAAAACAUGAAUUACUUUCUAAAAAGUUACCAAAUGCCGCAAAAUAUUUCAAUAAAAUGGAUUGUCCAUUUAUUAAUGAAUUUGUAGCUGAAGAACGCAAGAGAAAUGUCUCAAUUGAUUUGGAUAACCCUCAUAAGCCAGUUCUUUCGCCUCAAGAAGCACAAGAAUUUUUAAGAGAUGUUCCUGAUCGAGCAUAUGUUAAAGAUCAAGAAUUACAUGUUGGCAAUACUACAUUUUCUAUUGGAACACCCUGCAAUGUUAAAUUACAAAACACUUUCACGUUCUCAGGGGUAAUUUCUGAUAUUGUUUCAAGUACAAUCUUCUUUACACCAAAAGGUGGCCAGAAAAUGGCAUUAUCCGUUCAAUCGAUCAACACCAAAGUAGUAGAAAUAUCAAAAUAG